AUGACAUCCAUAUCUCUCACGGCUCACCAGCCGUCUCACUGGAACAAUCCGGGCAAUGUACACAUGCACUCACAGGACACUCCAAGCUAUGACACGCGCACGAUACCCUCUGCGCCCCUUCCGAAUCCACCGUUCAGCUUUCCGGCUCAACCUUCGACAGACAACAUGUCGAGCAGUUCACGCCGGACAAGACGUCAACCACCGGCCGCCCUACCUUCAUUCUCUUUUCCUCAAGCACCCUCGGAUUCUACCGCUUCGUCUGCUAUAACGUCUACCGCCGCUCCCGUGUCUCCUGCUCUCGUUGAGCCUGCUCAACAAGGUACCAUCGGCCACCGCCGUCUACCCAGUGAACUUCUGGGUGAUGUCUCUUCCCAGACGGCCGUUAGCAGUAAUAAUAAUAAUAAUACCAUGAUGGCACCUUCGACACUUCCCCAUCCAGGCCCCGGACUUGCUGCUGGCCCAGGCCGAGGCGUACGGAGACACGCCCACCGGAGGUCUCAAGCCAUCUCAAGCGUGGAUUUGACUGCAAUUGCCAAGGCGUUCCCACCAGUUCCUGUCUCUGGAAGCGUUCCAACUUCACCCAUACUACCCUUUGCCAGUGAUAGGAACUCAAAACUCUCUUCGCGAUCUUUUCCGGACAUGCACACUGCUCAGACGUCUCCUCGUAGAUCCGAACAACCAUCCCGAAAUGAUGAGGUUACUGAAGUGCCAGUAACGCUUCGUCGUCCCCUCUCGACAAUAUCGUCAGAGAGCAGCGUGUCCACUGUUCGUCCUAACCAGACCUUCUCGGAUCGGUCUGGCUCUGGACAAAGAAGUGGCGCGAGCUCACCUCACAAUGAUACUUCAACUCGACCCAAGACUGCUGGUGCGCAGUUGGCUAUGAAAUGGAUGACCUCCAGCCCGUCAAAUGAGAAUGAACAGACUAAAAGACCACUUUCUGCUUGCGCCUCCAUUGCUUUGAAUUUUAACCUAACAAACACUCACCGAGGCCAGGAGCCUGAAGAUAUGUCUGCUACUAAUGGACCCGAUACAUCAGAUCCUGAAACCGAAGAUGCCGAAACAUCCACGUUAACUCAACGAACGGCACACGAGCGCAAACCGUCGAAGAAGCAAAAGAAAAAGCGUUCUUGGACCGGCAUCUUGACUCGUAAAGGAAAGAAACGUUCGUCGAAGAAGUCUCGCAAGGCCCCUACCCCUCCACCCAUGCUUACAAGGACCAACUCAGAACUCGGAUCCAUGUAUAGUGUUGAUUUUGACCAGGAUAACACUAUAGUUAUUCGCACUCCUACUACCCAGAAUACCCCGAGAGGCCAGCCAUCCAAUGAAUCGUCAUCCACCGAUAACAGCCUGGAAAAUGCAUGGAAACCGAAAAGCUUCUACGAACAACAGAGUAACCCUGACAUUUUUAGCCCAGUUAUCGAUCUUGACGCCGCUCUUGGCCCGUUCAACACUCCCGAAAUGGGACCUGAACGAAACAUUGCCAGUGGUUUCAUGAUCGCCUCCAAGAGGAUGUACAGCGGUGGCCGUCGCGGUGAAUUCGUGGGCCCAGAAAUGCGGUAUCACAGACGAGCUGAGAGUGCGCCGGAAAUGCCACCAUUCGACCGCAGUUUCCUUGGUACUUCUCGGUUCGGCUUGUCGACCGCAAUGGAGAACCCGGAUGUAUUUGAUGAGGAGGAGGAAGAUGCGUUUUUAGCGCAGAAUGAUGACCAGUCCAAGAAGAACACUAACUCGUCCAAGGGAAGCGCCAGUGUGAGCGAGUCGUCAAGCGAGGAUGACGAAAGUGACGGCGAAGAGGCUGGCCUGGGUAUACAAGUAGUUGACUCUAGCAACCCCCCCGACCUUUACCCAGCUUCUGUUGAAAGUCGCCCCAGUACCGCCCAAAUCAUUACUCCUCGCACUCCCUACGCUCAUGCUAUCGACUUUGAAUCUCAGUCUCAACGCAGCAAUAGCAAUAGCACCACCUAUCACCCUGGAAGCAUUGGUAUUGUGGGCUCUGAUUCUGGCCAGACCUCCCCACGGAACUUUGAUGAGAAGCGUCCCUCUACUUCGCCAGAGUUCAUCUAUAACCCCUCAAAUGCCACCAAUCUCACACCUUCUCCUGCAAACAUACCCCCAGUGCCUAUGAUCCCACAGGCAUUCCCCUCGCCCUCACCAUCGAGUGUCUCCUUCGACGUUCCUCGCCUCAACACUGCUUCUUCCUCCUUCACAGACCGCCAUCAUAGUUCAGGUUCCGUGUAUUCGGGUGAGCCAGGAUCGGAUUACCUCCACAACUCCUCUGAGGAUGUCCCGUCCCUAACUAGUUCUGCGUCAACAAUGACCGGCAACAUCCCUCGGCUUCCUAGCACUGUCUAUGGCCGCAACCUAGGUGACCGGGCCGCCUCUUUUUCCCACGUACUACACCUAAGCAGUGACAAUAAAACUGUCAGCAGCAACAAUCGGCCCAACUCAUCGAAACGAGCUAGCCUAGUUAGCUUCUCGCGCCUGGUUGGUGCUACUUCCGAGCGCAGUAAGCUCAGCCACGAAGAGAAGGCACCCAUGGAUGAGCCUGACAAGCGCAAAAAGAAGGGCCAUCGAAUUACCCGCUUGAUACAAUUCUGGAAAAUGAAGGAUAAAUGA